GGUGCAGCCGAGGAGGCUACUUUGUUACAGCGGAGCCACUGGAAAAAACGGCUGAGGGAAAUCGGUAGGAAAGUGUGAGCACUUCUGGGAAAACGGCGGAGCGGACCGCGUGUUACCGGGGCUGUGCGGUGGCGCUUGUUUGACCAACUUGUCAGGGGAUUUAAACUUUCCAUUUUCGCCGAAAAAAGAGGGCAAUUGCAAACUUCCCCGAAGAGGACUUCUCCCAUUCAGGAUGUCGGACUGAGACAAAGGGGUCUGGGGGCAUUCCCGUCGGAGUGCAGGUCUAACUUGAUUCUUGAAGCCUCCUCUGGAUGGGAAAGAUGGAGAGGGAGUUGCAGUGGUGGAAGGGACAGCUAGCCGCAGAUAUCCAUCAGUCCCUCCGCAUCAAGGAGCUGAAGUUGCCAGUCUAUCGGGCCCAUUCGCCUCAGAUCGGCAUGCGACGGUACUUUGCGGACUUGCUGGCCAUCCUGUCUAACCGCUACCAGCUAUGUCCCACAGCACGCCACCUGGCCGUCUACCUGCUAGACUUGUUCAUGGACCACUAUGACGUGGCCGUCAAGCAGCUCUAUGUCAUCGCACUGUCCUGUCUGCUCCUAGCCAGUAAGUUUGAGGAGAAGGAGGACCGGGUUCCCAAACUGGAGCAGCUCAAUUCGCUGGGCUUCAUGUGCAGCCUCAACCUGGUUCUCAACAAGAGGGAUCUGAUCAAGAUGGAGCUUCUCCUGCUGGAGACCUUUGGCUGGAACCUGUGCAUGCCCACGCCGGCUCACUUUAUUGACUACUACCUCCAUGCCUCAGUGCAGGAGGGUGACCUGUACAAUGGCUGGCCCCUCUCCUCCCUCUCCAAGACCAAGGCUUUCAUGGACAAGUAUACCCACUACUUCCUGGAAGUCUCACUGCAAGACCAUGCCUUUCUGAGUUUCCGGCCAUCUCAGGUUGCUGCUGCGUGUGUGGCAGCAUCUCGUAUUUGCCUCCAGAUCUCCCCCAGCUGGACAACUGCUCUGCAUCUGCUAACAGGCUACACCUGGGACCACCUCACCCAGUGCAUUGAACUCAUGCUGCUUGCUCAUGACAACGAUGUGAAGGAGGCCAACAAAACCAAAUCCACACCUCCCCACCGGACCUCCUCUCUGCAGUCUCAGCCCCAGACCUCUCACCUCUCUCCGGUCUCAGCCAUCCAGACACCAGCGUCCUCCUCUUCCACCUCCACCCCCCAGCAGUUGCUGUUUCAGCCUGAUGCCUUCCAACAUCUGUCUCAGCAUUCCCCCUCCCUGUCCCAGCUGCAGGUGUUAGCCGACUCCCAGGCUUUGGGCCCUGUGGUGAACAUGUCUCAGGACUUCCUUCAGAGCCACAGAAUGGGCCUACUGACUGGGGCUCCCUCCAUGACUCCAAGUGGGGCCUUCCCUUCCUACCCAGGCCUGACCUCUGGACUCCAGCCUGGGGCCCGAGCGCUGCCACUCCAGGGCCCUAUCUCUGUGCAGAUGGCCCUCACCGGAGAGCCCCGCCACUGCCUGAGUAUGGCCUACAGCGGGGGCUACCUGGGGGCCCACCACACUUUCACAGCCGGCUGUUUCGACAGGUGACGCCAGGAGACGGAGAGGGAACACAAUUCCCAGCGGGAGUGCACUGCAAUGCUUCCGUCCCAACUUCCUCCCCCCUUACAGCCACUCACAGACCUCCUGUCUCUCUCCGUCAGCACUGUGCCACCUUCAGCUUGCCCAGCUCCCCCGUCCCUCUCACAGAAACGCCUCAAGCGUAAGCAGAGGUCCAAAGGCAACAUAGACCCAGUGGAGGUCAUCACAUUGACGUGACAAAUACACCACUGACUGAUAUGAAAUAGCUGGGCAUAGCAAAAUUGUUCUUGCCAUAUUGUUAACUGGUUUAUAUAUAUCUGUGUUAUGAUACUGUCAUCACUGUGAAUGAGAUGAAAGCAGCACAGUGUGAUCUAACACCCACCUCAUCCUGUGCCUGUGCCUCAGUUGUGUGAUAGCUGAGCCAAUCUGAGGAGAACACAAAACAUCUCUGUGAUAAGGAUAGCUUGCUGCUUGACAUCUUUUAAUUCUAAUCCAAAAAUUAUGAACACAUUUCAGAGAGGAAAAGUGGACCAGUGAAUGCUUGUUUCUCGAGUCACCAUUCGAGAUAAGUAGAAUCUCAAAUAGUGGCUUGUCGCUGACUUGGCAGUGAGCAAACGGGCUGUGUCACUGAAAUGUUGGUGAAUAAGAAUUUUUGCCACCGGCAAGCAUGGAUCUAAUGCCUGAAGUCUCUCUCAAAGCCACAGGGCCCCUCUGGGAAUUCCUUCACCACAUAAGCUCUCAGAGGGGGGCAAAGAAUUCAUUGUUCAGUGCACAGCAGGUAAAAUCUACAGUUCUGGCAUACCUGCCGUGUUUUGCUUCUUUCCUCCUCUCUCUUUCUUCCUCUUCAUCUAUCCUCUCCCAUCUCCAAAGUCUAGCCUUGUAGUGGAGACCUCACAUUUGUGAUGUGUGGCGACCUCCAGCCGCAGGCCUUGUCAUACUAAAGCUUAAAAUUUCAGCGUUUCCAGCACCACUCAAAGAAUUAAAAAAAAAAAAAAUAUGAACUGAUGUGACCGGUUGUGAUUGGACCCCUGUGGUCCAGGAGACUUGGACAUUGGUUGUGUAUUGUACAUAUGAAUUGCUGCUGCCUUCUUAUGAACUGUUGGUUCUGUGUCUGUGUUAAUGACUGAUGUUUACAUGAACCACAAAGUAUCAGGGACUUGAACAAGAUUACUUGAAUAUGAUGCCAUUGAAACAUGCCAUAGCUUUUAUUUAUGACGACACACUUUUUCUUGUCCUUGAUUUUUGUACUUCUUUUUGGUUGAUGUAGUGUAGCUUUUUUUUUUUUUUUUUUAAAUACCAACGUAGAAACACACCAUGAAAUAAGAAAUGAUAGAUUUCGUGGUACCUUUUCACAGAAACUGUCUGCUCAGGGUUCAAGGCUGAAACCAACAGCCUUCCCAUUAUUCUGUCCUAUUGGGGUAUGCUUUAAAUUGAUGCUAAAAUGGCAUCCAUGGGGUCUGGCAAGUUCCCCUUCUUCACCACUGGACCAUACUACUCUGCUUAGAAGUCAGCAGCUGACUCCUGAGUAAGCCUUUAGCUUAAAAAAAAAGAAGAAAAAAAAUGAACAGUAUAUAUAUCUGGUGGAACAACCUUGUGGUGAAACACACACACAUCUGCAGCUAGUCUUCAGUAAUUGCUUCCCAGAUUUCUAAAGCUGGCAAUUCCCAAUUUUCCACUUCCUGUUAAAGUAUAAACACAUCCAGAUUCCCGGUGCCGGUCACAAGGGUUGACCACUGGUUACCAUGGUGAUGCCUAAAAUGACCAUGGACCCUGACAUAUAGGAUGUUGGUUAUUCAUGGCUGAAUUGAAACCAAUGGCAGCUCAAUGCUGUGCAGUGUUGUGAGCUUCUUUUGGACUAAACCGAAUAAGUAAUGAUAUAAAGGUUUUGCCGAUUACAUGGUGCCUCUUCUCACCCAAACUGUGAUCUUCUGGCUUUACACUUCAAACAGAUGGGGCUGCUGUGGACAUCCUACCACGCCAGUGCCUUGUCCUCAGCAGCUGCCAGGCUGGAGCUGUGCUGUGAAUCAUAAAUUCAUGGUCAGAGACUUACAUUUCCCUGUUAACACUGUAUGAAGCCUGCUGUAAACCCUAAAUGUAACACUCUGACUAAAACGGCCUCUUUGCAUACUCACCCAUGAAUCACCAAAUUUGUUCCAGCCAGACCUCUGUAUGCUUUCCUACCACUGUAAAGGACACGUUCGUAUACUAUACAUUUAUAUGACCUAUGACACUAUGCCUUUGUUUUUCUCUCUUUGUUUGUACAGUUUUGUUAUAUUUUUUACAUUCCCUUUGUUUCAGUGUAUUUUAGUUUAAAGUUGUUGUUUUUUUCUUUUUCAUCUCUCAUGAUCAAUGCCGCUGGUGUGAACUAGUUUUUUUUUUUUUUUUUUUUUUAAAGAGUACAACUUGCUCUUCCCUCACUACUCAUAAGAGCAACUUCUCACUGAGGUCUCAAAGGUGCAAUAUGUUGUUGUCUGUUUAUAGAUUUUCCACAGCCAUCACUGUCUCGUGUACACCACUGGUUCAUCUUUUGUAAUUUAUUUUUUUUGAAAAUUGUGUGAUUUGACUUGCUGUAGGUUGAUUUCUGCCAGAGGGCAGUGGGCUCUGAACACAGUAAAUAUGUUGCAUAUUGCAGCCACCUACUUUGAGGGAUAUACUGAAUACAUUGGUCUUUAGCUAGAGUUAUACUGUGCAUUUUUCCCCUCCUGCGAAAGGUGCUGAAGUCACUCACACCAAACAAGUAACAUUUGUCUGAUGUGAUGGUAAUGAAAUGACACCACAAACUUCCCACUUUAUAUUUUUAUAUUAUUUUGUAACAGUGUAGGAUUUGUUUUAUGUGACACUGAAUGAUAAAAGGAAUUCUUUUAUCAAACGUGCCAUGGAAAAUAAACAACGCAAGUGAACUGAA